GCCCACUCUGCGGCUGUUCCCUGGAGCUAUCUGUUCCCUCUGGAGCCUCAGCAGAUCUUUCUCAGAACACGGGUCGGCCGCCAAGAACCCUGAGCAGGCGCCACAAUGCAGUGCUUCAAUUUCAUUAAGACCUUAAUGAUCAUCUUCAAUUUGAUCAUCUUUUUGUGUGGUGUGGCCCUGUUGGCAGUGGGCAUCUGGGUGUCAAUUGACGGGCCAUCCUUCCUGAAGAUCUUCGGCUCGUCGUCCACCAUUGUGCAGUUUGUCAACGUGGGCUACUUCCUCAUCGCGGCUGGAGCUGUGCUCUUUGUUCUCGGCUUCCUGGGCUGCUACGGGGCACAGUAUGAGAGCAAGUGUGCCCUCAUGAUGUUCUUCAUCAUCCUCCUCCUCAUCUUCAUUGCUGAGAUCGCAGCUGCUGUGGUUGUCUUGGUGUACUCCAAAAAGAGCGAAGAAUUGCUGAAGCCAAUGAUCGUGUCCAUUAUCAAGAAAGACUAUGGUUCCCAGAAGGACAUCACGCAACUUUGGAACUCCACCAUGGAAAAUUUAAAGUGUUGUGGCUUCAACAACUACACCGAUUUUGAAGAUUCUCCCUAUUUAAAAACACACCAUGCCUUUCCCCCAUACUGUUGCCUUGACAAUAACAACAAAGCCGUGGAAAACUGCACCCAGGAGAAGGCCCAGAAAGUGCAUGUACAGGGUUGCAUGAAACAGAUUGUGCAUUCCAUUCGAACCAAUGCAGUCACUGUUGGUGGCGUGGCAGCUGGAAUUGGGGCCUUGGAGCUGGCUGCCAUGAUUGUAUCCAUGUAUGUGUACUGCAAUCUGGAAUAAGUCUGCUUCUGCCUCCGCCAGUGCUGCUGCCUGCUACAUGGGAGCUGGGAGGAGGUACCCUGGUGCUGCCAAACAGCAGUCAUCAGGGUGGGGAUAGGAUCUAACAGUGUCACUUGGGCUGGAGUAGGCCUGCUGGCGUGGCCUUGGGGCCAAACAGGGAUCACCCUUUUCAGGCUGUGCCUGACUUAUCCUUCUAUGAUUGGAAAUGCAAACUCAUUGUGAGCCAACUCUCCUGCCCUUUCCUCUAGUCAGUCCCCUAAGCCCUUGACACCCCUUCAGGCAAGGGGGCCUCUUGGUGAUCCCAGUCCUCCCCUGGGGGAUGAAAGGCACCCUACAGCCUGGGGAUAUGCAAAAUUAGCAGUAACCAGAUGGAUGUGUAGAAGACAUUUCA